ACUGUGAACAUCAGAAUCAUUCCAUGUGAGUUUGUUAAAUUCUAUCGAAUGGUAGGAAUUAAGAUUGAAUUUAGAUUUGUUGAUAAGUUGUAUUAUAAGUAGCAAUAACAAUGGUUACGUUUGAUGUUAUACGCUAACAACAAUACAAAUCACUCAGAGCAAAUGAUUUCAACCAGUUUCUAUUACAUAUUUGGGAGAGAUUCUUAUAGAUUCCCAUUUUUGAUGCCUCAUUCUUCCUGAGUAUGUUGAAGCUGAGAGAUAUGAAUGAAAUGGAUGUUAAAUAUUCGAUAGGAUAUUACUUUUCAGCAGUCUGUCCACAAACAUGUUCGUAAUGAACUUGGUAUUGUUUGCUUGUAUCUUCACACUGUUGUUCAGAACUGCAAUUCAUCAGUUUCUUGUUGGCAUAUUUGCAUCCAUUGCGAACUACGUCGGUGUUGCCUUAAGUCACAAGCUUUAUUCGCAUAGACGGAUUGUGCCUAGCAACAGACGAAACGCGCUUCCUGGGUUCCACAACUAGCCACUAUACAUCUUUGCUUACAAAAUCAUGUUCAUAUUCAUCUCGAACGACUCGCCACACACUCUACUCACUGCCUUCAGUGCUCUCCACAGUGCAACAAAAUCUUUCCUGAAAAUCAUCGGAAAGAAUAACGGAGAAGAGUAGUGAAUAUUCACUGCAAAUUUCGAGCGAUGCGAUAAGCAUUUAGCCUCACCAUAUAAAGACAGGUCGAAAACUUUUCUUGAUAAGAAUGCCACAUGAGAAGAUGAAGAAUAAGAAAAUUCAACGUUAGAAUUGGUGAUUGUGGAAGGUGAAUUUCCAAAGGUGAAUUAUCCACAAAUCUCCAUUGCAGAUAGUUCAAAGAUGAUGAAAUUCGAAUUUGAUGAUAUGUCAAAUGAAACCAGUCAGAAUAAUUCUAUUUGCAUCUUUACUCAGUGUACAAAUCCAGUUGUUCUCAGUGGUCUCAUAUUAACAUUUAUCGGAUUAGUUCUUGGAUUAAUAAUAAUAUUUAUUAAAAAUCUACAUACUAAAUCCACAAUGAACACAAUCGUCAUCGUGAUAACGAUGAUCUUUAUAAUUGUCGGUGUUGUAUUACUUAUGUCAGUUGGAAAAUGGUACGAACAAAUUAUUUCUGUAUCUAUAGCUACCGCGCUCUUCAUCAUGGCCGUUUUACUGGAUAUAAAGCUACAAAGUUCAAAAAUGAAAUGGAUGAUAAUCUUGUUCACAUUGUGUUGUGUAUUUGCUGUAACUGGGUUGAUUUUCUUUGUUUUCGGGGUGAUAUUUGAUAUUAAAAGUUUACUAAUUGCAACCUUGGUUUGUUGGUGCGGUGAAAUGUUAAUUGUAAGUUCCGAAUAAAUAAGCGAAUUCCAGUACAAAUAACCGUUCAUUGAUUAUUAUGCAUUCAAAGAUAUCGUUCUGUUUAAAUUAGAACUUUGAAGCAUUAGUGUCUACUAUUCACAACAUUCACAACCAUUCAUCACGAAACAUUUCGAAGCAAACACAACGAGAUACCAAGCUGAAUCGCUGAAAGAGAGGCGUUGAGUUGUUGAACGGCUCAAUCUAUAUGAUGCUUUGUUAUAAAAACGAUCAUCUGUCAAUAUUUGACGGGUCAAAAUACAAGGCACUUACUGUUUAUUUGUUAUGUAUGAGUGUUCAGAAAUUACUAAAUGUGUAACUCUAAGUCAUCAAAUGCAUAAUAUUUCACUGAUACACAUAUUGAUAUGGAUGCAUCGAUAAUGAAGUAUUGAUCUACACUUUCAUAAUUACAGGUGGUUACCUGCACAAAAUAUUAUCUGGACAGCUAUCGCAAAUCACGACAGUUUUCCACACUGUACUGUGUUUUCCUAUUGAUGUAUGAAUACAUCGUACUUGUCAUCAGUUUAAAAUUCUCUUUGAAUUCAGUCAUCGAUUGUAAUUGGAAUAACAAGACAAUGAUUAGACACGAUGAACAGAUCCUUUUCCAUUGAAUGUUUUAAUCAGUUCACAGAUAUUUAGGUGGAAUAUUUUGAAGAUUAUUGCAAACUGCUUUGUUAUUCAUAAUAGACGUUCUAUUAAAUAGACAUUUGUUUGUUGAAUUAGAUGUUUGGAUUGAAAAUAUUCGCUUAAAAUGCAAACAGACUUUACAGAAAAAUGCAUAUUUAUACAGUUAGGACUACCAUGAAUAUUGACACGUGAAAUAAAUAUUGAUGAAUAAGAAAAAGACACCAUUUCACUUUCAAGGAUAGAAUUAGACUUAACGGGACAAUUUUUAAGAUAUUUUUAUGAAUAUCUCAACACCUCCCUUUAGUUAAGUUAAAAGUGACGUAUCCAAAGGUUUACUUGACAUUUCUUUGGUUAUCUUCGCCUGCGAUCCGGCCGCCAUAGUAACCACCCAGAAACAGAGGGAUGUUCUACCAGAGUAGGUGACUUAGUUUUCUCUGUUUUAAGUAUUGUGGAAGUUGAAAAGUAUCCAACAGCAAGUCGAGUGGGACGCGUUUAAUAAUUGCUUCUUUCUCACUAGCUUCCCUUGGCCUUAGUUGAUUCUGGUGCCUGGUACAGAUAUCUUUGUUCACCUCGACAUCAUAUAUGGCGUCCCCAUGUUUCUUUGUGACUUCAACGUCUACCCAUCUAUCACAUCCGUGUCUAUAGUCCCGUGCAUACACUUUCGCACCAACUACUUAAGGAAUUCUCGUAAUCUGUAUCUGGGGGCUUUGCUGGGCCACUUGUUCGGGUGUCAUCACACCGCGAACUGUUCGUAGCUUUCGCCCCAUAGGCAUCUCAGCAGGGGACUGGAAGUUUGGCAAUAAGUCAUUUGAGGUUGUCCGGUACACAACUAGAAAUCGUUCUAUGAUAUCUCCUGCGGUCCCCUCCACUCGCGCUUUAAGCAUGGCUCGUUUAGACGUAUCAACGAACCUUUCAGCUUGUUCAUUAGAUUGCGGAUGAUAUGGCGUAAAACAGACAUGGAUGAUCGAGGUUUGCGGGCGAAAUUCUCAGAAUUGGCUAGAUGUGAACUGUGAACCACUGUCUAUUAUUAUUGUUUCUGAAAGACCAUGCUGAGUGAAGAUCUGAUUAAGGAGUUUGAUGGUUCGAGUUGUAGCGGGUAGCGCAAUUGGCAAUAGCCAUUUGGGGUAGGAGUCAACCAGUAUCACAUAUGUGGUACCAUAUAGGGUUCCGGUGAAGUCAAUAUGUACUCGCGACCAGGGAUUUUCUGACUUUGGCCAGGGUACUGCAGGCACGUUAGGGGGAUUUUUCGCAGCUGUGUGACAAUGCGAACAUCUUGUGACGAAGUUGAAAAUCCGCUUGUCCAUGUUCGGCCAAUAUGCAUAGCUGCGUGCGACGGAUUUCAUACGGUUUAUCCCUGGGUGUCCAUGGUGAAAUUGACGUAGGAACUUGGAGCGUAGGGUUGUUGGAAUUACUACGAGUUCACCUAACAUCAAACAAUCGUUAACAACACAGAGGGCUCUGGACGAUUCGCUAGUUGUUGCAUACCACUACUCAGCUGUUUAACUGGUCAUGUCCUCUGAAUAUAAGUGAUGGCUUCUUUGAAAAUCGGGUCCUCUCUGGUAGCUUCCCGAACAUCUUUUAGCGGUAACAGGCAUUGCUCAAAAGGCAUUUGCUAAUUUGGUAGCACCGGAAUCCUCUCCCGUCUAUAUCAUGCUAAUGGUUACCAGAGGGUAGCCGGGUACACUGAAAAAGUCCUCGGUGAGUGUUGAUUGUCAAAAUCUCUCUCGAUUCCAGAGUGACUGGAAUUUGAAGGUAAGCAUCCGCCAGAUCGAGCUUAGCAAAGUAGACACCACCAUUCAAAAUAGUAAAUAAGUCACCUGAGAUUGGCAGCAGAUAGUGAUGCUGUUGUGGAACCGCGAUGAGUCCUAAGGAAAAGUCUGCACAGAUGCAUACGGAACCAAUGAGUUUUUUACAGCCACAAUUGGUGCAGCCCACGAUGAAUAAGAAACAGGUGCUAAAACACCCUCAGUUUCUAAACGUUGAAGUUCAGCGUCAACCAGUGGUAGAGAUGCGUAUGGAACUGGACGUUUUUGGCGACAAACUGACAUGGCUUCUAGCUGCAGUCUUAAAACAGCUUUCGUUGUGGAACAAAGUCCGAAACAAGGUUGGAAGAGUUCAGCGAAUCGUUUUUGAAGGUCUGCAGAAUGCUGUUGUGUAGAGGCAGUAGUUUGUACUUGAUUGCAGAUAGCGCUAAUGAGAAUAUCAGCGAGACCAAGUUCUUCGAACCAAUCUAAACUUAGAAGGUUGAGCGGAGAAUUGGUGAUGUAGCACUGUGGAAUCCAAACUACGGUUUGGACUGCAGAAUAGCCGUACAGGUAGGUUAGACACGCGCUCUUGCCCUUCAAAAUCAAAACAAGUAAUCCGGUAAAUGACGACUCUAUAAUUCAUCACAAAUUUAAAUGUACAUCGUGACCUAAACAAAUAUUACCACUCGGCUAUUCAACCAAUAAUUGUUCAGUCAAUCAAAUCUAAAUUGCAAUAAAUAAGGACGUUGGUAAAAGAUGCGGGAAAAACUACCAGUCACAACAAAUAAACGCUAUUCCAUCCUGACAGGAAAGAACGCGCACAAAAAGAGGAGCAAAUCAAUAUGGAUGCCGCCAAGAACAAGUAUCAAGUAAAACAACAUAGAUGCAGUUCGGGAAGAAACACAAAAACCUAGUGAAGGCGCAAGAAAAAUAAAAACUAUGAUAAAAAAUACAAAUAUUAACAACCCAAUUGUAAUCAAAAGACUAAUAAUGUAGAACUAAGGGAAUCGACAGGAACAAUGUGCAAGUGUAUACAUGGAGUGAUUUUCACACACACACAAAACAUUCAAAACAGGUCUUACAGCACUCACCAUUGAAGGUUGUACCUCUGAAUGAAAUGCAGCAAUAGGGUUCAUCAUGAAGUUG